AUGAAAGACUUAGGGUCUCUGAAAUAUUUUUUGGGGCUCGAAGUGGCACGUAGCAAGCAUGGUUUCUAUGUUUGCCAACGUAAGUAUGCCUUGGAUAUCAUUGCUGAAACACGACUGUUGGGAGCAAAGCCUGCAGAUUUUCUAAUGGAGCAAAAUCAUGGAUUAGCUCUGGCAGAAGGGAAAAAUCUUUCUGAUGGUGAAAAAUAUCGACGUUUGAUUGGUAAAUUGAUAUAUUUGGCUGUCAUAAGACCAGAUUUGGCGUACUCAGUGCAUAUUUUGUCGCAAUUUAUGCGAUCACCCAAAGAGGAACAUUGGGAGGCGGCGUUGAGAGUAGUCCGAUAUUUGAAGAAAUGCCCAGGCCAAGGUAUUCUUUUGAGAUCAGAUAGUGCACUGUGGCUGGAAGGUUGGUGUGAUUCAAAUUGGGCGAGUUGUCCUUUGACUCGUGGAUCAUUGUCAGAUUGGUUACGUUUGUGUUACUUGCUUUGUCCCCUGUGUCUUGGAAAACCAAGAAGCAACACACAGUUUCUCGCAGUUCUGCUGAAGCAGAGUACAGGUCGAUGGCAACUUUGA